UAUUAGGAUAUAAGUUGAAUGGCUCAUUGAGAUUUUGGCGUCAAGAAAAUCGAGCUUUAAGAUGUCGUGGUAAUUGUGGAUCUAGAGGCUGUGAUAGAGGUUGUGGUAGAGGUCAUCAUAAUGGAGAUCAUAAUAGUGAACAAA